AUGUUUUUACUCCCAAGAACGUACAAUUAUACUAAAAAGGGGGUUAUUGUUUUGGAACUGAGGGACGUUGCUCUAGAUGCUACUUCGGAUUUUGUUGGAAGCACUAUAAUUGAGGAAAAGAAGUGGACACUGCGCUUCUAUUAUGAUAAAAAAGCUCAAGCGUUCAAAUCGGUCAUCAAACAUAAUGGUGAAAUAGGGAUGCGGAAGAUUGCGGUGUCGCUGAAAGUGACUCCGUUUAUCCGAGAAACAAGAAAACUACGUCCCAAAGUCAUUGAUAAAGCGAGGUCCGACGAAUCGCAGUCGGGGAUACAUGAAUUAUAUCCCCUCGACAAGAAGAAAAUGUUCGAAAAAAUGGUGACAGAGGAGAAGUAUUGCAAGUUGGAAGUAACCGCAGAAAUACUUCUCAUCCCUCUAAUAAAGUUAAUGGUUCCAAGAAAUCGCUUCGUAUUCGAAAAAUCAAAACUAGCCAACGCAUGUGGCUUUUUGGCCAAGAAGUUUGAAGCGAAUCCCCAGAAAGAUCAAUUUACUUUGCCAUUUGACGGGAAAGAAUUUUUCAUGGAAAAUGUGGAUCAUGCUCUGGAUAAGAAGAAGCCCUUUGAGAAUGGCAGAGUUUUCCAGCUUGGGAUGUAUGCAAAAGUAUAUGGAUUCCAUUCAGUUGUUGAAAAAGUUCUACAGUUUGAGGCAAACGGCUACAAGAACGUAGAGGUCCCGAGUCGUUUGUCACGAUCUGGUUUCUUCAACUUUUUGUAUUCUAUUCCAACACCUCCUGUCUAA